AUGAACAUAACAGUUGUUAGUGAGAAAGAACCGAAAAUAGAGGAUUUGUUGAACAAGCUCAGAAAGUUGCAGCAAGCCAAGGAAGUUCUUGAAGAAGAUAUAAGAGAGGCCAUUUCACUGAGAAGUACUUUGCAGGAUGAAGAGGAUGUCUUGGCUGCUGAGGUUUUAAAGUUACGGGGAACUUUGAAUGAAAAAGAAGAGUCAUGUAGGUCUCUGCAGAUAAAAUGUGAAGAUCUUGAACAAGAAUCACAAAGGCAGUUUGAACUGAAGCAACAGAAAGAAGAACUUGUACAGCAGUACAGCUAUCAGAUCCAGGAAACCAAACUGAAACAUAGGAAAAUUCGGAUGAAGUUUGAGAAUCAGCUGCAGCAGCUAAUGGGACAGCACAAGAACCUCUGCACUGUGUUUGCUCCAGAAAGGCUCCCUGCUGAGGUACAAUCUUCUGAAUAUAACACAGAGCAGUUACUGAAAGCUGAGCACCAAAAGUUACAGCAGCUAGCACAUUUGCAGGAGCAACUGAGUAAUUUCCAAGAUACAGAAAUGCCUCUAGUUGGUGAACCACUGAUAUAUGAUGAAUCUUUUUACAUAUCUUGUAUUCCUGAGCGAGUUUAA